AUGCCGUUAUUGCACAAGAUGAAUAUCACCAGGUCUGAAUAUCACCAGCACAUAGUGAUGUGUCACGGCAGCAAGCUGCUGCCUCAGUUCCUGGCCAUGUACCGAGUGACUGUGGAGAGUGAGGACACCUACCUCAUUGUUAUGAGAAACAUGUUCAGCUGCAGACUUGACGUCCACAGAAAGUACAACCUCAAGGGGUCCCUGGUGUCCCGUGAAGCGAGUUUCAAAGAGAAGGUAAGAGAGUUGCCAACGUGCAAAGAUGUUGACUUCAGGAAUAACAUGCAGAAGGUUUAUGUGAGUGAGGAGAAGGAGGGGAUAAUGGACAAGCUCAGAGACGUGGAGUCUGGAGCAGAAAUCUCCACCAUUCACCCUGAGCAGUACACCAAGAGGUUCCAUGAGUUCAUUGCUGAGAUCUUUGCGUAG